CAUCAGCGCCGCUUCCGCCGCGCGACGGAAGAGUAUCGCGUUUCAAGAUGGCGACCCCCUAUGUGACAGAUGAAUCUGGAAAAUACAUCGCUGCCACGCAGAGGCCAGACGGAACCUGGCGAAAACCUCGCCGGGUGAAGGAGGGUUAUGUGCCUCAGGAAGAGGUCCCUGUCUACGAGAACAAAUAUGUCAAGUUCUUCAAGAGCAAACCAGACCUUCCUCCAGGCAUGAAUCCAGAAGAUGCGGAGCAGACGAGGCAGCAGGCGUCGACAGGGGGCGGCGUGGAGAGGGACGGCGAGACUGCGGGUCUCUCGAAGACCGCGAAGCGCAACAUGAAGCGCAAGGAGAAGCGCAAGCAGCAGCAACAGCAGCAGUUGCCGGGACAGGAUGGCGACGUGAGUGCCGAGGAAGGGGCGGAGACGCUCAGCGCCGCCGUUGGGAAGAUGGAGAUCGGGGGGAAGGCGAGCGACCACAAGGGGGCGCCGCAGCACAACAGCCCCUCGCCACAGGCCCAGGGGGAGGCGGCAGCCGAGAAAACCAAGAAGAUCAAAGGCCUGCGGAAGAAGCUACGACAGGUAGAGGACCUGCAGCAGAAACUGGACUCCGGGGAGAUAAAGCAGCCGACCAAGGAGCAACUGGAGAAGCUGGGCCGGGCCCAGGCUCUGCGGGAAGAGCUGGAGGACCUGGAGAAGGAUUUGUAAACCUGGGACAUGUGGGCAGGGUUGGGCGGGGAGACACUGUCAAGAAUAUAAACAUCCAGCUGCGGAACGUGAUUUGGACCAACUCGGCCUGGACAUCAUAGAGACAUUAGUACUGUCAGCCAGACGGAAUUAUCAGCACAGGCUGGAGUAUACGCUAUCACAGUGUUUCCUAAUCCGGUCCUCGGGGACCCAUGGACAGUCCACGUUUUUUGUCCCUCCCAGCUGAGCAAAAUGUGGACUGUCUUGCAGAGAGCUGGGUGGGAGCAAAAAUGUGGACUGUCCCUGAGGACUGGAUUGGGAAACACUGCACUAUCCUAACAGUCGGACUGGACAUUAACACAUGUAUAAUAACAACAGAUCACUUCCUUACUUCAAAUAUGCCAUUUAUGUUGAAGGUUAGUAGAUCUGAUAUUGCUUGACAGUUCCAUGAGAAUAGUUCAGGUUGUCUGUCAUUUCAGUCCUGAUCACAACUGACUUUGAGGCUUGUCUUCUUCCCCCUUUAUAGGAUGCUGUAAAGGCUUGUGGCAUUUUCUGUAAAUUUCUUCAUGUUGUUGAAGUGUUGGAUGCAAAUUAUUGCUCUAGGGUUUCUUGUCAGUGGCUAAAAGUAUCCUGGGUUGAAAAAAAACCCCAGAAACUUGAUGUGGUGAGAUAAAAAGGUGGCAUAUAUAGGUUUUCCUGUUUUGCAGGUAAGUUGUAUAGUAAAAGAGGAACAGAAUUUUUUAAAUGGAUAUACAUCUUUAUGCUGGUAAACCACUGAACAGUUUUCUGUAAAUUCAGCUGUAAAAGUAUUAUUUUACCAUUAGGAAAGAUUUUAAUUUACAGAUGUUUUCUAUGUUUGUUCUGUUCCUUUUUCAGCAUGCGAUUUUGUGUGGUUUCUGCAAAGAUGCUCCUUCUUGGUAGAAACUAGCAUAUUUUAUGUGGGUGGUAACUUCCGCGGGAAGGGGUGUUUGGUUCUGAAGUUCUGAGCCUGUUUUCUGAAAACACAGCAUUCACUCUAUGCCAGUACCUGGGAAGUUAUGUGCACACUGCCGCCACUGAGAGUGACCUGAGAGCUGUGUGCUGAAAGAGAUGUGGGGUUUCUGCAUUCCCAGCCUGCUGUAGUCUGGGUUAUGUGGUGCCCUGCAUGUUUAUAUUCUAGACAGAAUUCUCUGUAAGGAGGGGUGGGAUUUAAGGGUGGGGAUUUGGGAAUGUUUCUUCUGGGUGUAGGAAAAGACAAAUUAAAGUUGCUGCAGUUUUGUAAAGAAAAUCUGUGAGAUUUAUAAAGCAUGAACUUUUUUUUUUCUUUAGAGUUGGUUGUGUUCUUAACUUUUUCCAAUAUAGCAAUUAAAAAAAAAACCUCUGAUCCUCUGUUAUAGAAAUGGCAGUCGCUGUCAGUCGUGAAACCGCUGCCAUUCGCAUUUCUUCAUUGGUGGUUACAUGCUUGGAGAUUCCAGUGCCAUCCUCUAGGGGGAGUUUAGGAUCUUCAGUCAUGGUUAUGCAAGAGACAGUCUAGCUAAUGUAAUUGAACCUAAAAGCAGGUCUGUUUAGCUGUUGUUCCUGCAGAGGCUGAGGUUUGCGGUGGUCCGA